AAAGCGAAGUUAAAGGUUAUAGUGACGUAUAUUUCCAACCAAGGGCAGAGGCCCUGGUAACAAAGAAAAGAAAGAUGGAGGAAUUAAAAACAGAAAAGUUGGAAACUAAUAUGUUAAAGAGUAAGGAAAAUAUGGUCAAUAACUGGUUCAAUAUGACUGAAGAAGAGAGGUAUCAAAGAGACACGUCUUCACUUGAAACUCCAUCUAGAAGUGAAGACAAGAUAGAAGGUUUCAGAAAGUUCACAGAAUCGGAAUUAGGUGGAAUGGUAUCAUAUGAUAUGGGCAUUAUAGUGAUGGACAUAGAUCCUAAGCCACAAAAUGCAAUUAACAGUUUAGAAUCAGAAGAAGUAGCACCAGAUGCACAAUCAAAUAAACCAAUUAAGACCCCCAGGAAAUGGACCAGUUUCUUUACGCAAUUAAGACGGGGGCAAGCAACCUUUUCAAAAUAUACACCAAGGAUAAAAAUUACAACCAAGAAUAAUAAUGCACUCAUCUUUGACAUUCGUAGCAUGAACGAUAUACAAAUGAAUGAUAUUAUAUCUACAUUGUACAAUAAAAUAGAUAAUGCUCUAGUUGGGGCAAAGCCUCAUUAUACUAAAGGAAAAAGAACAUACUUAGAACUGGUUUUUAAUAGUGAGAAGAAACAACAAUAUUAUGCAAAGGAGUAUGAUACCAAUGAAGAGCAGAAUAUUGAAAAUAAUGAAGAGUCGAGUAGUUCGAUGCAAGAUAUUGCCGAUAGGGAUGUGGAGAUAUUAUCCCAAGAAGGUGAAUCCCUUGAUAUUAUAUUAGAUGAAGACAGAAAUGAGAAAAAUCAGCAGAAGGCGCAAAUGAAUACAAAUAGUGCAGAUAUAAAUGUUCUGAAUAUAGAUCACAAAGAUGUACAAGCACAAGUACAAGAAAAUAAUGUAGAGAAACAAGCAGAUGAUGGUUUCAUAAUAGUUACACACAAGAAGGUUAAAAUAAGGAAGAGUAUAUAUAAUAGUAGGUCUAAGCCAUAUGUAAGUAAUAGACCAUCUCAGGAUGGUCGUAACAAAUGA